CUAAUCACAUCUGUAAUCAUUUACAAGAGUUUCAAAGCGUGAUCACUUUUCAACACCACCGUCACUUUUGAACUCCACCAUCACGUUCCUAUCAGCACCGCUCCGAUGAGUUCCCGGCAUCUCCACUCUCACUCCAAUCCAUCACCUCCGUCAGUAACCCUCCCCGACGAGGUUCUCACCGAAAUCCUAUCCCGCCUUCCAGUCAAAUCUCUAAUUCAGAUGAAAUCCGUAUGUAAGUCAUGGAAAACCCUAAUUUCGCAUCCUUCAUUCAUCAAAAUCCAUCUUAAUCAUUCAUUAUCUUCACAAAAUCCAUACUCUUAUCUUUUCUAUGUCAAUAACUGGACACAGAAUCAUAAGUACGUUUUCAUUCCCUUUCCCGUCAAUCAUUUACUCGAAAACCAUCCUAUCACCCUUCCUGAAGAUCCUUACUUCAUAUUGAAUGGCGACAAAGAUUGUCACGAGGUUGUUGGUUCUUGCAAUGGAUUGGUCUGCUUACGCGGUUAUUCUUUUCCCGAUGAAGAUAAUACACUUAUGUGGCUCCGUUUGUGGAACCCUGCCACAAGGACAAUAUCUAAUAAAUUAGGGUUUUUGUAUGAUAGCGAUUAUAAUUGGUGUUUUUGGAAUUUGGUGUUUGGUUAUGAUAAUUCAACUCACACUUAUAAGGUUGUGGCCUUGGAUUGUGAUGGUAUUGAUGGCAAGGUGAGAGUUUAUAUUUUCGGUGAUAAAGUUUGGACGAGUAUUCAAAAUUUUCCUGUUACGGCUAUGAGGUUGUAUUCGAGGGAUUCGAGAAUGCGUGGUCGUUUUACGGCUAUGAGGUUGGCUAUGAGGUUGUAUUUGAUGGAUUUGAGAAUGUAUAGUGGUGUACAUUUUAGUUCUACUGUGAACUGGGUGACUACCGUUUCUAAUGAUAAUGUUUAUCAAGUUGUGAUUGUUUCACUUGACUUAGGUACUGAGACAUACACACAAUUGCCUCCUCCUCCAGGUUAUGAGAAGGUGGCACGUGUAAUACCGAGUGUUUGUGUGUUGGCAAACUUGUUUUGUUUUUAUCAUGAUUAUGAGGCAACCGAUUUUGUUAUAUGGAAAAUGGAAGAAUUUGGAAAUGAAAACUCUUGGAGUCAGAUUUUUAAAUUUAGCUAUCAGAAUCUUGGAAUGAAUCGUAAACUUGAACCUGGUCGCUUGCGUUUUGAAUUAAUGCCAUUGCAUCUUUCUGAGAGUGAUGAUACAGUGGUGUUGGCAAACAACCUACAAGACUGUGCAAUUCUCUAUAACCGGAGAACUAACAGAGCAAAGAAAACUAGAAUUGACAACAGGAUACGUUGGUUUUCUAUGAACGAUUAUGUAGAAAGCUUGGUAUCAACUUCUUGAAAGUAGUAUAACUGAAUGGGGACUGGUUGCUUAUAACCAAUCUGGUGUGGCGCAAUUUUCAGCUUGGAAAAGAGAAGCCAUUGAAAUUGAUCCAGUGUCGGCGGAAGCACUUGGGGUUAGAUGAUGCUUGCAGUAUACAGCUGAACUGAACCUGUAGAGUACUGUAUUGCUAUUGCUUCCAAUGCUGAAACUGUGGUUAAUUGCAUUAAUUCGGAAUUGAGUGUGGUGGCCAUUGAUCCUAUUAUUCAAGAUUGUAAUUCACUUAAGAGUCAUAUUGAUGAUGUAGUAGUUUAUCAUGUUAAACGUCACUUAAACAGUUUUGAGUGGGUGUCGAUUGCAUUGCUAAUUUGCUAUCGUGGCUUUUUAUCCAAAAA